AAGUAAACAAGACAUUUUUUUUAAAGAAGUAUUUAGUCGCUCAUGUCGUCUCCAACUUUGAUUGUGGUCGUGGUUGAUUUCGACUCGACGUAUCUUCGCUCUUUAAAGUUUUUCAACUCCAUAGAGUCACUCAGUUUAAUGAUAAUCGUCGACUAUCAAAGUUCUCUUUUCGUAUUUCUACACGAAACAAAAUCGGUACGAAAAGGAAAACAAAUGUUGUUGAAUAUAAAUUGUGCUUUUAAUUGAAUUUAAUUUAUGAGCGCUUCUAAUUAAGCAUCCGAGUGCAAAAAAAAAAGUUGAAGUGUUGAAUAAUUGAGAAACGAAAAGAAAAGUUUUGAGUUUAUGUUUUAGCAAUUGAAAUGAAAUCAAAAGAGCGACCUUCGUUAAGAAACAGAUUUGGAUCAACUGUUUAAUUAAAGCCAAUUGAAAGUGUAACUGAACGUUACUUCACGUUCACCUAGACUUCAUCGUGAUCAUUUCAAGGUUGCUUCUGUUUCUCAUCAUAGAACAAUAUCUUUCGUGAAAUAUGUUUCCAAUGUGAUAACACAUUCCAAUAAGUGAAAUAAACAAGCACUUAAGUAGUCACAAGUCGAAACAGUUAAUAAAUCAAUCAAACACAAUAAAAUUUGUAGCUUGUUAUCAAACAGAAUCAUUGAGCUAAUCAAAUUUUUCGAUUGAUUUUAUUGAUUGAAAACAAACACAGAGACAAAUUAAAAAAAAAGAUUUGAAGAAGUGAAAUGAAAUCAAUUCCAUUAUUGUUCAAAUAAAUUACAUAAGAAAAUUAAAUUACGGAGUUUUAUAUUACUGAAUAAAAAUUUGUGUAUCCGGUUGUUGGGAAGUUGGGAGGCUUUGAAAAAAUGUCAUUGCAACGCAACGAAAAAAGAAAUUUCAAUUCAAGCCUUCGCAGCAUUGCAAGUGCUGAUGAAACUUCUGAUAUUCCCUUCGCAGACGAUGAUGAUGAAAAUUCGAAUGGAAGUAGACAAAGUCUUGAAUCAUUUUCUGAAAAACCAAACAUGAAUUCGCGAAGGCGAGUUGCAGCAUUCACAGAUGCAAAUGAUAAAAGUGAUAGUGAAUCGACACAUUCUGAACAUCAUGACCAACAUAUGCCCUUGGCAUCUGAAGUGAGAUUCGCAGAAACUUCUAACCUUGAUGUUAUGAGACGUAACUCUAUUUCUAUGCCUACUCUAAACGAUAAUCAAUUAGAUGCAUUACGAGCAUUGCAUAUGAAAGCUGUUGAAACGGAAGACAACUUUGAAGACAGUAAGGAAGGAAGUCAAGAAAGCUUAACAAAAAUAAAGGUUCUUGAUGAGACGGGAGAAUCAAUGGCUUGUAGCCUUGCGGAUAUAGAGACUGAAGCACCAAUAACUCCUGAAGAAGAACCAAUGUUUAGGAAGAAGUUUCGUUCAAAGCGCCGCAAUUCUAUCAAUCCACUCCCUGCAAUUCGCGUCAACGGAGAAAUCAUGGUGAAUGCUGAGUAUGAUGCUCAGAGUGUGAAUAGCAAUGCACAGUCAAUCACCAGCGUCAAUUCGCUUGCGAGUCUUCUGAAGGAGAAAAUACAAUCAUUGCCAGCGAUGAUUAGAAAACGUAAAAAGCCAAAGGAUUAUAAGUUGCGAGCAUUCACAGCAUUUCUUUUCCUCGUCAUUGUCUUUCUAGUCGGUUAUGCUUACAUAAUGUACAAUCGCAAAGUCACAUCUCGUCUCUAUUUCGAUCACAUUAAGUUCAACGGCGUUGAUCGACUUUUACAUAUUUUAGAUGCCAAAGAGAGGAACGUGCUUAGUGGAAAUCUCGGCGUGCCGCUUUUCGAUAGCAAGCCGUUCUCGUGCAAAGAUAAACCGAAAGACGGAAGCUUCUGUUGGGAAUGGACGAGACAAGCGAAACUCUACGUGAAUCUUGAUUCAAAGUUCACAGGUGUGAGCAGCGAUGAAAUGCCAAGCACAAGAUGCUACACGUUUCGUUGGGAGUCAAUUGAUGAGAAUUUUGAACCGAUUGAUUGCUUUAACAUCGGAGAAGAACGUGGCCAAUGGUAUGGUGGUGGGUUGACGAGAGAUGCUGAUUGGCAGUUGGAUCGAGCAACUUUCAGUUUCGCGUCGUUCAUUUCUGGUGACAUCAGAUUUAAUCAAUGGAGUAAUGCCGUUCGUCGUUAUUUUAUCAACUCUCACGGUGUCGCACUUGAAGUAGAUGAAGCUACUCCACUUCACAUUUCAAUCAACGAAGAAUAUCCAUCGCAAUUCUGUUUAAAAGCUCAGCACGAUAAUUUUGCCUUCAUCAAUCGUCCAACACCGACAACAGCGUUAAAAUAUCGCAUUUGUACCGCGAGCGACAUGAAAAUUCUUCAUCACAAUUUAACGCAAAAGAAUCUUUGGGAUGGGUUGAAGGAGCUUGACAUCAAUGUCAUUAAAACGAUGUUUGAUGAGCCAGUGUGGGAAGUGACGGGAAGAAGCUUGACUGACGUUUCUAUUUCGAACUUUACAGACAGUGUCAUUGCCCUAGGCUACUUCCGAUUAGGUCACAUUCUAAUUAACGAACAAUGGCAGCAUUUUGUCGGUGACUACGAGAUGGACGAAGAAAGAUUCAAAGCGUUGAAUGACACCAUCAACGUUCUACAUCGACGAGGCUUUCGAAUUUCCUUAACAAUUCAACCUUUCGUGUCAACUGAAAGCAAAAACUUUAUUGAGUUGUUAAACAAAAGACUUUUGGUGUAUGAGAGAUCAACAGCGAAAACAAUUCCAGCAUUGACAAAAUUUAAGAAUGCACCAAGUGUCGGUGUUUUAGAUCCAACAAACAAUGAAACAAUUCCAUGGCUUUUGCAUAAAAUUGACAAAACUGUCAAGAAAUAUUUGGUUGAUUCAUUUUAUCUCGAAUUUGGAUCAGCUUACGAUAUGCCGCGAUUCUAUGAAUGUCAAUCACCACUUCUCAAUCCAGACCAUUACAAAACAAUCUUCAUGAAUCGCAUUUCAGAGUCAAUGAAUCUUCUUGGUGUGUCUGGUGCUAUUUCUGUUCCACGACCGCCAGCUUUUCUGAAUCUUCCGAAAGUGAAUUCAAGUUGGGAGGGAUUGCAAAUGGUCAUAACGAGUGCACUCAACUAUGGCAUCAUUGGUUACCCGUUCAUCAUGUCAGGUGCUGUUGGAGGUGAUUACAUCGAUUUCGCAAAUGGAACCAUCCAAGAGAUGACUUCAUUACCAGAAAAAGAACUUUACAUUCGUUGGCUUCAAUUAGCAACGUUCUUACCAGUGCUUCGCUUUACUCAUCUCCCAUCUGAUUACAAAGACGAGAGAGUCACAGAAAUUGCGAAAGAGUUGUCAGCGAUUCGACAAAAAACUGUCACUCCAAUACUGAAAAAAUAUUUAAGCGAUGCAAUGAAUGAAGGUUUGCCAUUAGUUCGUCCAUUGUGGAUGUUGGAUCCACAUGAUGUCGCUUGUCUGAAUGUCGUUGACGAGUUUUCUGUUGGUGAACAACUUAUCGUUGCACCCAUUCUCGAACGACAAAAAACGAUCCGUGAAGUUUAUUUACCGCAAGGCGUUUGGAAAGAUGGCGUCGAUGGUUCGUUACGUAAAGGUAGUCGAUGGAUUCAUAAUUAUCGUGUGCCAGACGACAAAAUUGCUUAUUUUGUUAAGAUGCCCGAUAAUACGAGAUUCUAAUGAUGAGUAUUAGACACGAUAGUGUCGAAAGAAGAAAAAGUUUUGAACAAUCUUCGAUGCCAAAAAACAAAGUUCUGUAAAAGCUUCCAACGAUAACAAUAACCGCAAUAUUGUUAAAGCCAAAACUAAGUUUAACAUUCACUUUAUUAUUUCUUUAAUAAAUAAAAGAGUUAAAAAAAUUAUAA